AUGGGAAGUACCUUUGCAUGCCAGGGUUAGAAGAAGGAAAGAAAGAAAAAUGCUGAGUAUCUCUUUGUAAUUACUAAAUUUAUUAAUAUAUGUAAUGUUAUCGUUCUAUUACGCAGUCGACAAUUAUGAAUUGCAAAUGCUGCUUAUGAUUUACAGAGACUUGGCAGACCGUUCUUAAAAUCACUUAAUUUGUAGAGAGACCUUCAAUACUUAUUUUAAAAUUAUAGUUUGUAGAAUAGCGAUGAUUAAUUUAGGGAAUAUGGGGUGAAUAAAUAUUCAAUAAAUUUACUCACAAACAA